AUGGAAGCUGAGAAGCCCAGCCGAGGUGAUGUGCGUCCUAGGCUCAUCGCCUACACGGUUGACAUCGCAGCAAUCAGUCAUGAAGAAUUCCCGCUUCGAUCAUGA